ACAAUGAGAUCCUAAGAUGGCGGUGGCUGCGGCGGUUGGCGCCGAGUAGCUAAGGUAGAGAAGGCGGCCAUUGGGCCCUAGGCAGCCAGGGAAUUUGUGGGCGCUCCCAGCUGCAGUCUCUAAGGGAGGACCGCUGCCGGUGGCGGAUCGUAGGGCCUGACCGCUACUCCACCCUUGGCAGGAGCGGCUUCUUCGUUUACAGCAGGCAACAACUUUGAAGUGUGAAGCAGGAAAGGAGCCGUUUCUGAGCUAUAAAACUAGUUUUUAAACAGGUACUUGACUAUCUUAAGUACAGAGAAGAAAUUGAGAAGUUCCUCAAAUGAAACUGACUAAACAACACAUAAAACCAGAUACUUAUGCAUUUUCUUCUCAGUUUCCAUUAGAAGUGCUUAGUACAUUUGAACACUGUAUGAAGACUUUCAAAACAGUGUACCAGAAAAUUAAUUGGUAAAACCAGGAUGGCCACAGGAGGAGGUCCUUUUGAAGAAGGCGUGAAUGAUCAGGAUUUACCAAACUGGAGCAAUGAGGGUGUUGAUGACCGACUCAACAAUAUGGAUUGGGGUGGCCAACAGAAGAAAGCAAAUAAAUCAUCAGAAAAGAAUAAGAAAAAGCUUGGUGUCGAAAGUGAUAAAAGGGUAACUAAUGAUAUUUCUCCGGAGUCGUCACCAGGAGUUGGAAGGCGAAGAACAAAGACUCCACAUUCGUUUCCACAUAGUAGAUAUGUGACUCAGAUGUCUGUUCCAGAGCAGGCAGAAUUAGAGAAACUUAAACAGCGAAUAAACUUCAGUGAUUUAGAUCAGAGAAGCAUUGGAAGUGAUUCUCAAGGUAGAGCAACAGCUGCUAACAACAAACGUCAGCUUAGUGAAAACCGAAAGCCCUUCAACUUUUUGCCUAUGCAGAUUAAUACUAACAAGAGCAAAGAUGCUGUUCUAAGUCCUCCAAAGAGAGAAAUGGUUGGUUCAGCACAAUGUAAAGAGUUGUUCGCCUCUGCUUUAAGUAAUGACCUUUUGCAAAACUGUCAAGUCUCUGAAGAAGAUGGAAGAGGAGAGCCUGCAAUGGAAAGCAGCCAGAUUGUAAGCAGGCUUGUUCAGAUUCGUGAUUAUAUUACUAAAGCUAGUUCCAUGCGGGAAGAUCUUGUAGAGAAAAAUGAAAGAUCUGCUAAUGUUGAGCGCCUUACUCAUCUAAUAGAUCACCUUAAAGAACAAGAAAAGUCAUAUAUGAAAUUUCUCCAAAAAAUCCUUGCUAGAGAAAAUGAGGAGGAGGAUGUUCGGACUAUAGAUUCAGCUGUGGGAUCUGGUUCUGUAGCUGAGAGCACAUCGCUAAACAUAGAUGUGCAGUCUGAGGCUUCAGAUACCACGGCCAGAGAUCCUCAGCAGGAGCCUAUGGAAGAGAUAGAAAAUUUGAAGAAACAGCAUGACUUAUUAAAAAGGAUGUUACAACAACAGGAGCAGCUGAGAGCUCUGCAGGGACGACAGGCUGCGCUUCUUGCUCUGCAGCACAAAGCAGAGCAAGCUAUUGCUGUGAUGGAUGAUUCUGAAAAGAUUGCAGGGACAACUCCUGGCCAACAUUCUGUACCGGGCAGCCAGCCAGCUCGCUCUCCUUUUCAUCAGAGAGUACCCUUAAGAGUUGUAACAGAAACUACAGGUAGCCUAUCUGGAGUUAGUAUCACCUCUGAACUAAAUGAAGAAUUGAAUGAUUUAAUUCAGCGUUUUCAUAAUCAGCUUCGUGAUUCUCAGCCUCCAACUGUUCCCGACAAUAGAAGACAAGCAGAAAGUCUUUCAUUAACUAGGGAGGUUUCUCAGAGCCGGAAUCCUUCAGUUUCAGAACACUUACCUGAUGAGAAAGUACAGCUUUUUAGCAAAAUGAGAGUAUUACAGGAAAAGAAACAAAAAAUGGACAAACUGCUUGGAGAACUUCAUACACUUCGAGAUCAACAUCUGAACAAUUCAUCGUUUGUGCCUUCUUCAUCCUCUCCACAAAGAACUGUGGAUCAGAGAAAUACACCUUCAGCUCCCUCUGCGCCUUUAGGCUUAGCACCAGUUGUCAAUGGAGAAUCCAAUAGCUUCACGUCAUCUGUUCCUUAUCCUGCUGCUUCUCUAGUUUCUCAGAAUGAGAGUGAAAAUGAAGGACAUCUGAAUCCAACUGAAAAACUCCAGAAGUUAAAUGAAGUUCGAAAGAGAUUGAAUGAACUAAGAGAAUUAGUCCAUUAUUAUGAACAAACAUCAGAUAUGAUGACAGAUGCUGUUAAUGAAAACACAAAAGAUGAAGAAACUGAAGAGUCAGAUUAUGAUUCUGAACAUGAAAACUCUGAACCUGUUACUAACAUUCGAAAUCCACAAGUAGCUGCAACUUGGAACGAAGUAAAUAGUAAUUCUAAUGCACAGUGUGUUUCUAAUAAUAGAGAGGGGAGAUCAGUUAAUUCUAAUUGUGAAAUUAACAACAGAUCUGCUGCCAACAUAAGGGCUCUGAACAUGCCUCCAUCUUUAGCAGAUUGUCACUAUAAUAGAGAAGGAGAACAGGGGAUUCAUGGUGCACAAGGUGAAGAUGAUGAGGAAGAAGAGGAUGAAGCAGAAGAUGAGGGAGUCAGUGGGGCUUCUUUAAGUAGUCACAGGAGCAGUCUGGUUGAUGAGGCUCCAGAAGAUGCUGAAUUUGAACAGAAGAUCAGUAGACUUAUGGCUGCAAAACAGAAACUGAGACAGUUACAAGAUCUUGUUGCUAUGGUACAGGAUGAUGAUGCAGCAGAUCAUGGAGUUACCUCUACCAAUACUUCAAAUUUGGAUGAUUUCUACCCAGCAGAAGACGACAACAAACAAAAUGCAAAUAACACUAGAGGAAAUGCCAAUAAAACACAGAAAGAUGCCGGAAUAAAUGAGAAGGCACGAGAGAAAUUUUAUGAGGCUAAACUACAGCAGCAACAGAGAGAACUCAGACAAUUGCAGGAAGAAAGAAAGAAACUGAUUGAGAUUCAAGAGAAAAUUCAAGCAUUGCAGAAGGCAUGUCCUGACUUACAGCUGUCUGCCACUAGUGCGGGUAAUUGUCCCACCAAAAAAUAUAUCCCAGCUGUUACUUCAACCCCAGCUGUUAACGGAAAUGAAACCAGUACAAGCAAAUCUGGUUUUGAGCCUGAAGAUUCUUCAGUAGUAGAUAACGAGCUGUGGUCAGAAAUGCGAAGACAUGAGAUGUUAAGGGAAGAGCUACGACAGAGGCGAAAGCAGCUUGAAGCGCUCAUGGCGGAACAUCAGAGGAGGCAAGGUCUAGCCGAAGCUACAUCUCCUAUGGCUGUGUCAUUGAGAAGUGAUGGAUCUGAGAACCUGUGUACACCUCAGCAGAGUAGAACAGAAAAAACAAUGGCAACUUGGGGCGGUUCUACUCAGUGUGCACUGGAUGAAGAAGGAGAUGAAGAUGGUUAUCUUUCUGAAGGAGUUGUUCGGACGGAUGAAGAGGAGGAAGAAGAAGACCAAGAUGCCAGUUCCAAUGAUAACUUUUCUGUGUAUCCUCCUAACAGUGCAAAUCAUAACUGUUACAACGUAAAAGAAACUAAGAAUAGGUGGAAGAACAAUCGCCCUUUUUCAGCAGAUGGAAAUUACCGUCCUUUAGCUAAGACAAGACAGCAGAAUAUCAGCAUGCAGCGUCAGGAAAACCUUCGUUGGGUGUCAGAACUCUCUUAUGUAGAGGAGAAAGAACAAUGGCAAGAACAAAUUAAUCAGCUAAAGAAACAACUUGAUUUCAGUGUCAAUAUUUGUCAGACUUUGAUGCAAGACCAACAGACGCUAUCUUGUCUGCUACAAACUCUUCUCACGGGUCCUUACAGUGUGAUGCCAAGCAAUGUUGCCUCCCCCCAGGUACACCUUAUCAUGCACCAGUUGAACCAGUGCUAUACUCAGCUAACAUGGCAACAGAAUAAUGUGCAAAGGUUGAAACAAAUGCUAAAUGAACUUAUGCGCCAACAAAAUCAGCACCCAGAAAAACCUGGAAGCAAGGAAAGAGGCAGCAGUGCAUCACACCCUUCUUCUCCCAGUUUAUUUUGUCCUUUCAGCUUUCCACCACAGCCUGUAAAUCUGUUUAACCUACCCGGAUUUACUAAUAUUUCAUCAUUUACACCAGGUAUGAAUUUCAGCCCUUUAUUUCCUUCUAAUUUUGGAGAUUUUUCUCAGAAUAUUUCUACACCCACUGAACAGCAGCAACCAUUAGCCCAGAACUCUUCAGGGAAAACAGAAUAUAUGGCUUUUCCAAAACCUUUUGAAAGCAGUUCUUCUGUUGGAGCAGAAAAACAAAGGAAUCAAAAACAGCCUGAAGAGGAGGUGGAAAACAGUAGGACACCAUGGUUAUAUGACCAAGAAGGUGAUGUAGAAAAACCAUUUAUCAAGACUGGAUUUCCAGUGUCUGUAGAGAAAACUACAAAUAGUAAUCGCAAAAAUCAAUUAGACACCAGCGGGAGAAGACGCCAGUUUGAUGAAGAGUCAUUAGAAAGCUUUAGCAGUAUGCCUGACCCAGUGGAUCCAACAACAGUAACCAAAACAUUCAAGACAAGGAAAGCAUCUGCACAGGCCAGCCUGGCAUCUAAAGAUAAAACUCCUAAAUCAAAGAGUAAGAAAAGGCAUUCUACUCAGCUGAAAAGCAGAGUUAAAAAUAUUGGGUAUGAAAGUGCCAGUAUGUCUAGCACAUGUGAACCUUGCAAAAGUAGGAACAGACAUUCAGCCCAGACUGAAGAGCCUGUUCAAGCAAAAGUAUUCAGCAGAAAGAAUCAUGAGCAGCUGGAAAAAAUAAUAAAAUGUAGUAGAUCUACAGAAAUAUCUUCAGCACAUGCUAGGAGAAUACUACAGCAGUCUAACAGAAAUGCAUGCAAUGAAGCGCCAGAAACUGGGAGUGAUUUUUCCAUGUUCGAAGCUUUGCGGGAUACUAUUUAUUCUGAAGUGGCUACAUUAAUUUCUCAAAACGAAUCUCGUCCACAUUUUCUAAUUGAACUCUUCCAUGAACUUCAGCUACUUAAUACAGACUACUUGAGACAAAGGGCUUUAUAUGCAUUGCAGGACAUAGUAUCCAGACAUAUUUCUGAGAACCAUGAAAAAGAAGGAGAAAAUGUAAAAUCAGUGAAUUCUGGUACUUGGAUAGCAUCAAACUCAGAACUUACCCCCAGUGAAAGCCUUGCUACCACUGAUGAUGAAACUUUUGAGAAGAACUUUGAGAGAGAAACACAUAAAAUAAGUGAGCAAAAUGAUGCUGAUAAUGCUAGUGUCAUGUCUGUAUCUUCAAAUUUUGAGCCUUUUGCAACCGAUGAUCUAGGUAACACUGUGAUUCACUUAGAUCAGGCAUUAGUCAGAAUGAGGGAAUAUGAGCGUAUGAAGAUUGAGGCCGAAAGUAGCACAAACAUGAGAUGCACCUGCAGGAUUCUUGAGAAUGAGGAUGGUGCUGCCGCCACAAGUACGGUUACUAACUCCGAAGAAACUCCUAUUGAAAAUCAUGGUUCACAACAACCUGUAAGUGAAGUUUCUACUGUCCCAUGCCCUAGAAUUGAUACUCAGCAGCUGGACCGGCAAAUUAAAGCCAUUAUGAAAGAAGUCAUUCCUUUCUUGAAGGAGCACAUGGAUGAAGUAUGCUCUUCUCAACUUCUAACUUCAGUAAGACGUAUGGUUUUGACUCUCACCCAGCAAAAUGAUGAGAGCAAAGAAUUUGUAAAGUUCUUUCAUAAACAACUGGGAAGUAUAUUACAGGAUUCACUGGCAAAAUUUGCUGGCAGAAAACUGAAAGACUGUGGAGAAGAUCUUCUUGUAGAGAUAUCUGAAGUGUUGUUUAAUGAAUUGGCUUUCUUUAAGCUGAUGCAGGAUUUGGAUAAUAAUAGUGUAACUGUUAAACAGAGGUGCAAAAGGAAAAUAGAAGCAGCUGGAGUAAUACAGUCUUACGCCAAAGAGGCCAAAAGGAUUCUUGAAGGAGAUCAUGACUCACCUGCUGGAGAAAUUGAUGAUGAAGACAAAGACAAGGAUGAAACUGAAACAGUUAAGCAGACUCAGACAUCUGAGAUGUAUGGUGGUGAUGGUCCCAAAAAUGUGAGAUCGGAUGUUUCUGAUCAAGAGGAAGAUGAAGAAAGUGAAGAAUGUCCGGUGUCCAUUAACUUGUCCAAGGCUGAAACUCAGGCUUUGACUAAUUAUGGAAGUGGAGAAGAUGAGAAUGAGGAUGAAGAAAUAGAAGAAUUUGAAGAGGGGCCUGUGGAUGUCCAGACUUCACUUCAGGCUAACACCGAAGCUACAGAAGAAACGGAACAUGAUGAUCAGGUACUACAACAUGACUUUGAAAAAUCAGGAGAAAGCAAAAAUGUCCCAUCAGAACAAGAACCCACUACUAGUAAAGAUGACUACGAUAGCACUCCUGUGAAACCCUGUUACCUCAAUAUCUUGGAAAACGAGCAACCUUUAAAUAGUGCUGUCCAACAGGACACUCUCACUACCAUUGAUUCAUCUAAACAGCCUAACCCUUUGCCUUUACCUUUAACUGAAAUUGAAACCUUGGUGCCUACAGUCAAAGAAGUUAAAUCUGCUCAGGAAACUCCUGAGAGCUCUCUGGCUGGAAGUCCUGAUACUGAAUCUCCGGUGUUAGUGAAUGACUAUGAAGCAGAAUCUGGUAACAUAAGUCAAAAAUCUGAUGAAGAAGACUUUGUGAAAGUUGAAGAUUUACCACUUAAACUGACAAUAUAUUCAGAGGCAGAUCUAAGGAAGAAAAUGGUAGAAGAAGAACAGAAAAACCAUUUACCUGGUGAAAUACUUUGUGAAAUGCAGACUGAAGAAUUAGCUGGGAAUUCUCAGACACUAAAGGAACCUGAAACAGUGGGAGCCCAAAGCGUAUGAGAUGUCUUCUGAGACUCAUCUAACUCGCUUUACGUAGUCAAUGCAUAUAUGAACGUGGCACUAAAUAAACAUCUGUUUUGAUCUGUAUAAAAAUGUAAAUUAGUUUGACACUGCAUUCUUGAUAGGUGUGCUCAUUUCUGCCCGUGGCAGUUUAAAACAUCAGAAACUGAAUUCUGGACAGAUUGAAGCCUUGAUACACUGUGGGGUUGUUUGUUUUUCUUCUUUCUUUCCUUUUUUUGGUCUUCAUUUUGGUUUUUUUUUUCCUUCCUUGUGAUGUUUGGCAUCGUUAAAUUUAAGAUGUAGUUUUAAAUAAAGUUUGGACUUACCUGUAAA